AUGUCAAGGGCCAUGACUGCAGCUCAGGUCAUCGGCCUGGGCGAAUAUCUUAACCCCGAAUUUGAUCCUGCUACCCUUACAGUCGCUCAACUUCUUGGUAUUCUUGGAUAUCACAACAUCAGGUUUCCGACGCCUUACACCAAACCAAAAUUAGUGCAGCUUUUCCUCGAUGAAAUCAAGCCAAAGGCAGCGAAAUUCAAGAAGGACAGAUUGAAGAAGGAAAACAGUACUGCUAGCGAUGAUGGAAUAACUGAUGGAAUAACAGGAAAACCCCUCAGUGGUGCCACAAAGGUGCGUGCUUGGCGAUCUUCCAGGAGAGUUUCUCAUGCACCGUCUGAUGAUGAGGAACCGCCGGCUCGACCAGAUCCGCCGAAGCGCCGUCGUUCGUCUGCACAACCCAGCCUUGGUGGCGCACAUAGAACUAUUGCUCGCGCCGCUGCGCAGCCCGCGGUUAUCGAAGAAAGUGAACCUGAAGAAGACUCGCCUUUGCGCAAGGUAGGCAGGAACAAGAAGAGUUCACAAGCUGCUGGUUUGCAAGCGCGCAGAAUCUCGCUUGCAGAUGACAGCGGAUGGGAGGACAAUAACAUUUUCCAAUCGGGUGCUGAAUCAUCUUCGCCUGUGCGCCCGUCUCCUGUGCGUCCUCGGAAAAGUGGUUCUGUCAAGAAGUCACGCCACUCGAUGUCAGCACCCCCUCAAGCAUCUUCGUUGUCUCCUCCAAAAGCACCUCUUUUCUCAAUUGAUACACCGCGUUCUCCUCCGCAGUCAAAGUUUGAACCUGAGCUCCCUCCUACAAUUUCACGAGCACCCCGAAUCUCAACUCCGUCGGAGACAGUUGGUUUCAAUCCUAUCGAACACCGGUCUAGGCCGCCUCCUGAAUCACCAACCAAGGUCGGUGCCCGUGGCCUGGAUUUUGAUGACGCCACAGAUGUGGUUGAUGGACAGAUUCCUGAUGAGAGCCAGAGCGACGGUUUUGGGGAAGCUGAUUCGCUAGAGGUUGCCGUAUCCAAUGGUAUAGGUGGUGGUGACCAAUUGGUUCGCCGGCGUCCAGCCCCUCCGCUGCCGCGCUCUAGGUCGCGUCUCAUGACACUUGUCUACCUGAUCGUGAUAGUUGCCGGAUCCUAUUUUGUGAAGCAGUACAAAGACGAAUCAUCUGCGAUUGGAUACUGUGAUACUGGCAGCAACACCAAUCAGGCUCUGCGGGACCUCGAAGGGCAGUGGGAGGCGAUCCAGGCUCGUAACAAAGACAAUAAGACGAUUCUGUAUCUGCCGUCGAUCAUAUCGGAUACUGGGUUGUUCGAGGAUGGAAUUCCAAGUCCAUUUCCACUAUUUGUUCCAGGCUUGCAUCCGUCAGCAUGUGCUCUUUGUCCAGAAUUUGCGACUUGCACGCAACACUCGGUCAUGUGUAACCCUAGUUAUGUAUCGCGUCCGCACCCUGUUCUUGGCAUGUUGUCACCUUUCGGGACCGGAUCCGCUGUUGUGGAAAAGAUAUGGAGCUUGAUUGGUGAUGUUACGAAUGGGCUACCUGGAUUUGGACCUGUUGCGUUUCCCCCACGUUGCAGUGAAGAUCCGAAACGAAAACGGAAUAUAGGCGCCUUGGGUAAAGCGAUAGAAGGACUUCUCGGACAGGAACGAGGGAGGCGCGUGUGUAUCGGGGAGAAACAAAGUGGGGAGAUCGUCAAAGAUAGUGAAGGGGGGGAAGCGAUGAAAUGGGGACUUGAAAUUGAGAUGUUGAGGGAUACAAUGAAAGGGAAAACGGCUCCGCAACUUCUGGCUAAUUUUGAUGACACGUUCAAUGAAGCCAUACAACAGUUAGUUCAAUGGGGUUCCGUAAUUUUUGGGGAGGAUAACACAGGUCAUCGUUAUUUAGCUCAUAAGACGCCACAGUUGACUUGGAACUGUCAACUUACUGUCAAGUCUCGGGAGCUUUGGGAUAAAUGGCGAGCCUUCUUGACACUUUGUUUAGCAUCUAUAGCGUGUCUCUGCGCGCUGUAUUCCAUAAAACGGUCCCGGGCGCUCCGCCGAACGGAGGCCAAGCGUGUGGCAGAAUUGGUUCAAAUCGCACUUGAUACUUUGCGUAAUCAAGAAUUAGCUCACCACACGGAUCCAGUGACGGCACCGCACCCGUAUUUGUCCUCUCUUCAGCUUCGUGAUCUCAUCUUACAGGAUGAACAUUCAAUAUCAAGUCGAAGAAGGGUCUGGGAUCAAGUGGAGCGUGUGGUCGAAGGGAAUGCCAAUGUGAGGGCAAACCUUGAAGAAGUACAAGGUGGUGACGAACUACGCGUAUGGCGAUGGGUAGGAUCUACCAGUGCACCAGAAUUUCGGAAGGUUCAAUUUCAGACGCAAAAGGAUCAAGUGUAAUGUACACCCUUGUUUGUUGAUCGAUUUAUUGUUUGUUUGCUUCUUAUGUUUCUCUCUGCUAUAUAUCCCCUCAGUAUGCAUAUUGUCCUCUGACCAAUCGGAGCUUUUUCCAUCAAAAUACCGGUGUCAAGAAGGCGCUGCGCCCCAUGUGCCACCUCGCCAGGCACAAACACCUCACAACACCAUUUUCUUGACCUCGUAAAAAAAAAAAAAGGUCUCGAACGAUACAAAAAAGGAAAAUACAUUAUCGAGCAUUUCUUAUCAACUUCUAGGACCCUGAUUAAAUAAUGCUCCAAUUAGCUGUAGGAUGCCGUUGGAAUCCCAUGCUGGAUCUUUUCUAUCAGUGCCCUCUUUGUAAACUGUUCU